GGCCCUGAAAUCCUGUAAUACUUAAAUUUUUUUUUCCUGAAAUUUUUCUUGGGGUUGUGAUUUGCGUGAAGAUCUGAUUUCCUCGUGAUAAUUCCUCACUUUCCAUGUGAGAGAGGUGGUCAAUUGGCUCAUUAUCAUAGGCUCUGAGCCACCCUUCUCUGUUGAUCAUCACCAACCAUGACCAAAUCACCUCCAGAGAGAAUUAGACCCGGUAGCCCCAUUACUCAUCAGAAAUACAUCAAGAAAACCACCAUCUCCCUCUCCUCUUGCUUCUCUCCUAAACUCUCUAUCCUCCUCUUAACCACCUGUGCAAUCCUCUUCUUUCUCUACCAAAUCCAAUCUCUCCACUCUUCUUCUCCUGCCUUUCCACCUUCAUGGUCUCUCAUCCACACUCUCUCCAACUCCACCUGCUCACAGAACAGCCAUCAAGACCCCCUCCUCCGAUCAAUGACAGAAAAGCUCCGAGAAUCUGUCACAUUCCUCCCGCUCAAAGACCUCCGUUACGCAGACAAAGCACAUCAGGGUCACACAUGGUUCAUGAGCUCCAUGUAUGACACUCACAUGGAAGGUGAGGUUCAAUACCAGCAGUUCCCAUCUGAAGACUCAAAAAGUCGGUUACUAUGCCUCAAAGGGCGCGACAACCAUGAUGGUUCAUGGAACUACUACGCGCUAGCCUGGCCUGAUACCCUCCCUGUCAAUGCUACUCUCAUGAAGGGAUUAACAUUUGUGUCAUACAAUCACUACAACUAUGAAAACAUCUGGCAUGGGUUAUCUGCUAUGGUUCCAUUUGUUGCUUGGCACGCGAGAAACAACUGCGCUCUGCCUUCCAGGUGGGUUUUGUACCACUGGGGGGAGCUCCGGCACAGAAUGGGGACAUGGUUAAGGACCUUAAUGGAGGCAACCUUCGAUCGAACGCCAUAUAUAGAGACAUUUGAGGGUAUUGAGGACAAUGAUGAGCCAGUUUGCUUUGAGAAGGCUGUGGUGAUGAGACACAAUGAAGGAGGGAUGUCAAGGGAUAGAAGAAUUGAAGUCUAUGAUAUUAUGAGAUGCAAAGCUAGGGUGUACUGCAAUGUAAGCAAGGAGGAGGAUCAUGCUGAGAAGGGGAAGACAGUGAUUGGGAUGACACUGUUUAUGAGGACAGGGCCGAGAUCGUUCAAGAACGAGACGGCAGUGACUGAGAUCUUUGGAAGAGAGUGUGCUAAGGUAGAGGGUUGCCGGUUGAUGAUGGCUUACUCCAACAAUCUCACAUUCUGCGAUCAGGUGAAGAUAAUGAGCUUGACAGACAUUCUAAUAUCCCCACAUGGUGCACAACUCACAAAUAUGUUCCUGAUGGACAAGAACAGCAGUGUCAUGGAGUUCUUCCCUAAAGGAUGGCUUAAACUGGCUGGUGUAGGCCAAUACGUCUACCAUUGGAUCGCUAGCUGGUCCGGUAUGAUACAUGAAGGGGCGUGGCGAGACCCGGAUGGGGAAACCUGCCCCUACCCAGAUUCUGAUCCCCGGUGCAUGUCAAUAUACAAAAGUGGCAGAAUUGGAUUCAAUGAGACUUAUUUUAGUGAAUGGGCAAGAGAUGUACUCAAUGAGGUUAAAGCAAGAAAGCUGGAGGCUGCACCAGCUCAGCAUAGUGCUUCUGCUGCUACCAUUCCUAAUAUUGGUUGUGGUUGUAGCUAAAUUAUUACUCUUUUGAAACACUACUUUCAGCUUACUAAAUACUUUUUUAACCUUAAAUUUCUUCUUAAUUUGCGCUAUAAAUGCG